GGGCAAAGGCUUAGCCCCAUGAGCACCUCCGUGCCCCAAUACCACAGUGAUGGGCAGGGAGCUCUGCAGAAGGUGCAAUGUGUGCUGUGCAUGGGUCAGCUGUGAGCAGCAGGAAAGCUCCUUGCUUCAAGGAAGUAUUGAGGAGAGAGGCAUGAGGAGCCUCAGCUCACACCAUCAGUGUGAGGCUGUGACCCACAGCCUGCAACUCAGCUGCUCUAGGAGCUGACCUCCAUCCUUCUGUCCUUGUUUAUUAUUUUGUUCACUGUUGUAUUCCACUGUGUAUGCAAGCUGCAAAUAUCCUUCUCAGAGGAAGGAACUAAACCUCCUUUGGCUCACUGCUCACUAUGCAAAUGCAUCACAUUAUUCACUUGUGACCUUAUUGAAAACAGCCUCAAUAUACAUCUGGGCUCCUCAGGGCUGUCACGAAGUUCUUGUGAUGAUUAAAAGCAGGAACGCAACCACAGCUGUUAAUCAUUGUAGAUGAGAGGUUCUUGGAACUUUUCUGUAUCUCAGGAUGUUCCCACAUCCCACUGAACCCAUCUAAGGGCUAAGCCCUAGGGAGGGGGCAGGAUGGGGUUGAGUCUGGGGACCUUGCCCGGAGGGGUAGAUGGGGCCGGUCCCAAGGACACGGGCUGUGCCCAGGGAUGAGGGACAAGAUUGGGCUGAGCCCUCUCGGUAACGGUGAUGCUCGAGGGACAAAGCCGAUUCUAGGGCCGGGGCGGUGCCUGAGGGGCCGGGCUGGGGCUGAUCCUGGGCAUAAGAACCGUGCCUGGGGGAGGCAGAUCGGUCUGCUCGCGGGGCGGAGCGGGCAGGAAGAUCUGAGUGCGGGUCCGGGGCAGCCGCAGGACUCGCAGCCCGGGCCGCCCCGGCAGUGCCCCGGAGCCCGGUGUCCCGCCCGGGUGGGCCGGGGCGGCGGUGACUCAGCCGGGAGAGGCGGGCGAGGAGGAGGCGGGGGAGGAGGAGCGGCAGGAGCCGCCGCCGCCGCUGCCGAGCCGCUCACCUGCCCGGCUCCGCCAUGGCCCGCCGCCUGGCCGCCCUGCUCCUGCUGCUGGCCCUCGGCUGCCUGCUGGGCGUCCUCCUCCUCCUCCUCGGCUCUGGGGACACACGGGGCCCGCCGGGCUUCAAGUACGGCAUCGUGCUGGACGCUGGGUCCUCCCACACCGCCAUGUUCAUCUACAAGUGGCCUGCAGACAAGGAGAAUGACACCGGGGUGGUCAGCGAGCACAGCAUGUGUGAUGUGGAGGGUCCUGGCAUCUCCAGCUACAGCUCAAACCCUCUGGCAGCUGGGACAAGCUUGGAGCACUGCCUGAGCCAGGCCCUGAGAGAUGUGCCCAAGGAGAAGCAUGCAGGCACCCCACUUUACCUGGGUGCCACGGCUGGCAUGCGUCUGCUCAACAUUGCGGACCCGCAGGCGUCGGACGCUGUCCUCGGAGCUGUAGCAGCCACACUGAAGACACACCCCUUUGAUUUCCGGGGAGCAAAGAUCCUGUCAGGGGAAGAGGAAGGGGUCUUUGGCUGGGUCACUGCCAACUAUCUCCUGGAGAACUUCAUCAAGCGUGGAUGGCUCGGAGAAUGGAUCCAGCCUCAGAAGAAGACCCUGGGGGCCAUGGACUUUGGAGGUGCUUCCACACAGAUCACCUUUGAAACCAGGGACACGAUUGAAAACCCCAGAAAUGAGGUGAUGCUGAAACUGUAUGGCCAGGCAUACAAAGUGUACACACACAGCUUCCUCUGCUAUGGGAGGGACCAGGUCCUCAAGAGGCUGCUCUCCAAGUUCCUCCAGGCUGAGCGCUACCAAGAAACUGUCUCCCAUUCCUGCUGGCCUAUGGGCUACAACAAGAGCCUGUUGCUGAGCAGCAUCUAUGACAGCCCCUGCACGGAGAAGGAGAGACCAAGCCUUGCCCUCAACACCACCGUUACCUUGGUCGGCACUGGGAACGGGAACCUCUGCACUCUGCAUGUCAGCAAGCUCUUUGACUUCACCAACUGCUCCUUCUCCCACUGCUCCUUUGAUGGUGUUUUCCAGCCGAAGGUUUCAGGAAGCUUCAUUGCCUUCUCUGCCUUCUUCUACACCGUGGAUUUCAUACAGACUGUGAUGGGAAGACCCGUGCACCUGCCCAGCGACCUGAAGGAUGCUGCAGAGACCAUCUGUGCCACCAGCUGGAGUGAGCUGCUCCUGAAAGCCCCAAAGCUGGAGAAGAGGCUGCCAGAUUACUGUGCCAUCAGCACAUUUGUGUAUUUGCUCACCACCAAAGGCUACAGCUUCAACAACCACUCCUUCCCCAACAUUGCCUUCCAGAAGAAGGCAGGAGAAACCUCCAUUGGCUGGGCCCUGGGCUACAUGCUGAACCUCACCAACAUGAUCCCAGCAGAGAAGCCCUCCUCCCACAAGAGCAUGCUGUAUAAUUACUGGGUCAUCCUCAUCCUGCUCUUCGUGGUCACCACCCUGACAUCCCUGGUGACUGCUAUCUGCCUGCUCCGGCACAGCAAGUCCAGCAUAAUCUGAUGGCAGGGACAGGGUAGGCCGUAACUGCAGGACCAGCACCAUCCUACCUGCUGGAGGCUCCAUGCUCUGAAUGCUUGGGAUGUGGCAAGUGCUCAAUGUCCUCCUCCAAAACCUGACAGCAUCCCAGAAGAUUAGCUGUGUCCUUUCGCCUUCCCUUUGCCCUCUAGCUGCGGGAAAGGAAGAAGAGGAACACUGGCCCUGUGGGAGAAGGGCUUAAAUGUUUCCCUGCACUACUCGGAUGGACCCUGAAGCAGGCUUGGAAAUGGGACAUUCAGAGCUAGGGCAUCUUUCUGCCACCAGAGCUGAGCUGAACUGAGCCAAUGAGCCGAAGCAACAAGAGGAUUAAUUUACAUGUGUAUGUGUUUGAAUGGGGAACAUCACUUACACUAGUCCUUACAGCCAACCACGAACCUUGCUAGCCUGUCCCUGGAGCAUCAGCCCUGCCUCCUGGGGAGCUCUGGGCAUCACCUGAAGCUCACGUCUUUCUGCCUGAUGUACAAACCCCAGUGACCUACCUGAAGGUAAGGUCUUUUCCUUGGCCACUGGCCUCAGCUUUGGGUAAGGACUUAGCAACAACCACAUGUGGGAAGAUGGCAGCUUACAGGUCCCACUUCAACAACCAGACAUAAUGCCUUCACUACCCCCAUGGUUCCUAUGCUAGACUUGUCUUUGCCACAUUCAAAGACUCCUGCACACCCCGGUUCCUGCUGCCCUGUGGUACAUGGCCAUGCUGGAACAGAGCCAACAGGCUCCCACACUGUGGGGCUUUGCUCUGCACUGAGAUUUGAGCCUGGCAUCACCCCACACCAGGCAGCUAGGAGGAUGCACCUUCUUUUCCAGUUGAAUAAGAACAGGGAUGUACAAACAUGAAGAAGGUUUGGUUUUGCUUGAUUUUUUAAAAUAAUCUGAAAUAAACCUUUGUAACCACUACAA